UUGUCAUUUCGAUCGGAGGCUCGGUCCUGUGGAGACGGCGGCGGCUGAGGCGGCCGGGCCGAAGUGGUGAACUGAUAGUACAGCCCAACGCCUCGCGACUUAAUAGGAGCCUCCCUCCUCCCGCCCGAUAAACGUUUGUUUUACAUGAGGGGCAAAGAACGACGCCGGGAGGAGCCGAGGCGGAGGAGAAGAAGCAGCAGCAGCAGCACCACAAACAGCCCCGGAGCUUCGGCAGCAGAACCCCUGGGAGCCGCUACCACCAUCUCCUCUUCCUUCUUCUCCUCAGGAGCCAGGCUCGAUACCGCCCCUCCCUGCUCUGUCGCCACCAAGCGAUCCUUGUGACCCUCCUCCUCCCUUGAGAAACCGGCUCCCAUGGGGGAGAGAGGAGCCCGGCCCCCCGCCAGCGCCGUCCCCUCCCCGACGGAGACUGUUCCCCUCCUGAGGCAGCCAGGAUUCAUCUGAAGGACACACAAAUAUCGGAUCAUAAUAGGAGGCGAGCUUGGAAAAGCAGCAACGCAGCAAACAGGAACCCACCCUACAGCAGCAGCAAGAAUCCACCCUCCUGCACAACUCAAUCCGUACACAUACACACAACACGCACUGAAUGCCGAUGUCUAGAGAUUAAAAAAGAGAGAGAGAAAAUCUUCACCCUCCCUUCCCUUUAUAUAGAAAGGAUUUGUCAGAAAGGCAUCCGCAUAGAACAUAUUAUAUGUGUAAUAUAGUACAAGGCAAAAGCAGCAGCACAGGUUGGGGGAAAAAUCUUUCCAUUCUUAGCAGCAAAGACUGUUAGAAUAGAACACAGAUAUAUAUUAGAAUAUAUAGAAUUUAUUAAAUUAUUCCAGAUUUAAAUAUAUUUUUGGAGCUGUGAAGGAGUGUCAUGAUAUCGUUUUUUCCAUUAACCCUUACAUGGACAGGUUGAGGCUGUUGAUAAGGCAAAAACAGAAUAGUUAACAAAAAGAAAACUCUUAAUUUUGUUCUCAAGAGCUUUGUUUCAUCCCAAUUUCGUUCUCGCGCAUUUCCUUUUAGGAAAGGAAACCUCUUAUUUUGUUAACCAAAGAUUUACUUUCUGUUCCUUCUGGCUAAAGGAAGGAAGCAAACACAGAUUGACCCAUGUCAAUAUUUUAAGAGAUCCCACUUGUAGGAAACCAGGAAUAACAUCCAAAUCAGAUAUUUGUGUGUGGAAAAGAAAAGGGGUAGAAGACCUGUAAACAAAGAUAUUUUCUAAGGAAGGAAGAAACAUUUUUUAAGGUUUGUUUUUUCUUUUCAGGCGGAAUUCAAAUCCUAAAUAUAAUAAAUGGGGGAUUACGGGUUUGGAGUGUUAGUACAAAACAACACCGGGAAUAAGUCAGCUUUUCCAGUCAGAUUUCAUCCUCAUCUGCAACCACCACACCAUCAUCAAAAUGCAACCCCCAGCCCUGCUGCUUUUAUAAAUAACACAGCUGCCAAUGGCAGUAGUGCUGGGUCAGCUUGGCUUUUUCCUGCUCCAGCUGCCCAUAACAUUCAGGAUGAGAUUCUGGGGUCAGAAAAAUCUAAAACUCAGCAACAGGAAAAGCAAGACUCCCUAGAAAAACAGCAGCUUUCCCCUAGUCAAAGCCAGGAAACAGGCAUGCUGCCUGAAUCCGAGAAAGCUAAAUCUGAAGAAAACCAGGGGGAUAACUCUUCCGAGAAUGGCAGUGGAAAAGAGAAAAUAAGAAUAGAGUCACCAGUGUUAACAGGAUUUGACUAUCAAGAAGCUACAGGGCUAGGUACUUCAAGCCAGCCCUUGACAUCUACUGCAUCUUCUCUGACUGGUUUCAGUAACUGGUCAGCAGCUAUAGCGCCUUCUUCUUCAACAAUAAUCAACGAAGAUGCAAGUUUCUUCCACCAGGGAGGGGUACCUCCUGCUUCAGCUAAUAAUGGUGCUCUGCUGUUUCAGAAUUUUCCACACCAUGUCAGUCCUGGCUUUGGAGGUAGCUUUUCCCCUCAGAUUGGACCCCUGUCUCAACACCACCCUCAUCACCCCCAUUUUCAGCAUCAUCACAAUCAGCAUCAACAACAGAGGAGGUCUCCUGCAAGCCCUCAUCCACCUCCAUUUACACAUAGAAAUGCUGCUUUUAAUCAACUGCCUCAUCUUGCUAAUAAUCUUAACAAACCACCUUCUCCAUGGAGCAGCUACCAAAGCCCAUCACCUACACCAUCUUCUUCAUGGAGUCCCGGUGGUGGUGGUGGAUAUGGUGGGUGGGGAGGGUCCCAAGGCCGAGACCACCGCAGGGGACUGAAUGGAGGAAUAACACCCCUGAACGCCAUCUCACCCCUAAAGAAGAAUUUCCCAAGUAAUCAUAUCCAGUUGCAGAAGUAUGCACGGCCCAGCUCUGCUUUUGCUCCAAAAUCUUGGAUGGAAGACAGUUUGAACAGAACUGACAAUAUCUUUCCUUUUCAGGACCGCACGAGAACUUUUGACAUGCAUUCACUGGAGAACUCACUAAUUGAUAUAAUGAGAGCUGAAAACGACUCACUGAAAGGUCAGUCUUCACUGUUCCCAAUGGAAGAUGGGUUUCUGGAUGAUGGGCGUGGGGAUCAAACCCUCCAUAGUGGCUUAGGAUCACCACACUGCUUCUCACACCAGAAUGGCGAACGAGUGGAACGAUACUCCCGCAAGGUGUUUGUAGGUGGCUUGCCACCUGAUAUUGAUGAAGAUGAGAUCACAGCUAGCUUUCGUCGCUUUGGCCCUUUGAUUGUGGAUUGGCCUCACAAGGCUGAAAGCAAGUCAUAUUUUCCUCCAAAAGGGUAUGCCUUCUUGCUGUUCCAAGAUGAAAGCUCUGUACAAGCUUUGAUUGAUGCAUGUAUUGAGGAGGAUGGAAAACUCUACUUGUGUGUUUCUAGCCCCACAAUUAAAGACAAACCGGUUCAGAUCCGGCCUUGGAAUCUUAGUGACAGUGACUUUGUGAUGGAUGGCUCACAGCCUCUAGAUCCACGGAAAACCAUUUUUGUAGGAGGAGUUCCCCGACCCUUACGAGCAGUGGAGCUUGCAAUGAUAAUGGACCGGCUUUAUGGAGGAGUUUGCUAUGCUGGAAUUGACACAGACCCUGAGUUGAAGUACCCCAAAGGAGCUGGGCGUGUUGCAUUUUCUAAUCAACAGAGUUAUAUAGCUGCUAUCAGUGCCCGCUUUGUUCAGCUGCAGCAUGGAGAAAUAGAUAAACGGGUGGAAGUUAAGCCAUAUGUCUUGGAUGAUCAGCUGUGUGAUGAAUGUCAGGGGGCCCGUUGUGGUGGAAAAUUUGCUCCAUUUUUCUGUGCUAACGUUACCUGUCUGCAGUAUUACUGUGAAUAUUGCUGGGCUGCUAUCCAUUCACGCGCUGGUAGGGAAUUCCACAAGCCCCUGGUGAAAGAGGGAGGAGAUCGCCCGAGACAUAUUUCAUUCCGCUGGAACUAAGCAAUUACUGCAGUGUGUUCAUAUGCAGGCCUCAAAAUAAGUGCACUCUUCUGUUAUCCUGAUUCCCUGGCCCUGCCCUCCUCUUCUCUCUUACUCAAGAUCGCAUGUCCUUCUGUUGUAGUCUGUAAUUUAACAAUAGCGUAAUGAAAGAAUGACCUAUAAUCAUAUAGGUAUUUUGUAGAAUCUUGUCUUUAAACUGUAUCGGGAACUCCUUUUCGUAUGGAUAACACAGUGCAUGGAAGCCAGGUUCUCUUACCUUUAUGUACCCAGAGGACACUGCUUUCUUGCUACCUUUUCUUAGAGGAGAGAGAACAAUAUUAAGAGAAGAGAAAUGAAACAAUAGAGUAUUUUGUUUUUUAAUUAAAUUAUUGCUAAUAACAAAAUCAAUAGAAUACUUUUAUUAAAGUAACCAUGAGAUAGGAACACUAUGAAUCUAUUCUGACACUUUGUCCACCCCUCCCUUCCCUGCCUUUCUCCCCUUCCCCACCCAAACCUCUGGGAAGCCUGUUUUCUUGCCGCCUGUGAUUUUUAUAGCAAUGGAAACAGCCGUUAACCUAGUAACAGGAAAGAGCAUGUUUAAAGCAACAAAAAUGCAUGAGCAAGGUUUAAAGCAGCAUUAAGUUAAUAUUUUUAUUUAAGGGUUCCAAAGCUAAAUUUUUAGCACAGUAUGUGUGUCUCACCGUGCCUCCGACUUCCCACCACAUUCAAACUUUUACUAGUUGAGUAGGCAAAGCUUAGAUCUGUGUUAUUCAUCCAAGCAAUCACAUUUUAAAUGUUCCCGAAUGUAAAU